AUAAUUUAUUAUAAAGCAAAAUAAUUAAAACUAUAACAAAAAAUUUUAUUUAAUAAAUAUUUUAAUUAAUUCCAUUUUAAAUGCGUUUAAAAGUACCAUCAGAGUUCUAUAUGUAUUUUUUUUAAAAAUAAACAUAUUAUAAAAAUACCGAUUUAAAUUCAUUCGUGAAUAUUUAUUUACGUUAUAUCAUACGGUGGUGAAUUUUAAUUUUUUUCUCAAUCCUUUUUAAGCUGAAUUAAAUUAAAAAUAAUAAUUUUCAAAAUGUCGAAUUAUAGCAAUUACACGAACAAUCAAAAUGAAGAUAAGAACGACAGUGCUGCAAGCACAUCCAACGCAAAAAAUUGCUUAAUGAAAGGAAAACUAUCUUCAUUAAACUCCCUUAUCAAGGUUUUUGCAGUUACCCUUGUAAUUUUGGCCCUUCAAUACUCCAACAAAAAUCACGACGGUGUUAAUGGAAAAGGCGUAGUGAGCGGAUUAGAGUCAAACAAUGUAAGAAACUUAUCCGAAAUUAACUCCAAUUUUGGAGGAUCAAGAGAGAAUUUACAUUAUUCUGGUGAAAAUACUAAUGAAAGAAGAAACAACUACAACAAUGGCAAUGUUAAUAGCCAAUGGGGAAGUCAUGAAAAUGUAGAACCAUCAACUUACUAUGGUACAUAUAAUAACCACGCCCCCCAAGAAAAUGGUGAACAAAACAUGAGUGAAAUUAAUUUAAACUGCUUUAAUUCAGGAUUAUGCCAAAAUCUUAAGAAAAAUGCUAUAUAUAUAGUACCAGGUGUGAUAGCAGGUUAUUAUGCAUGGAAUACUAUAGGAACACAAACAUUUUUAUUGGUAACUGCUAUUAUAGGAGUAUUGUUGUUUGCCAGACAUAACUCUCAUUAAGAUUGGCAUAUAUUUAUAAGAAAAAAGAAACUGAAAAAUUUACUAUGUGCAUUGGAAUGACACCUUAAGAUUUAUUGCUGAUUAAAA